AAGUGCACAUGUAGUAAAUCAUGUCCACGUGUUGACGUGGUUAAUUGGCUUCAAGUCUCAAUAUAAUUAUAGCAAAGGCAAAUGGCAAAGACACAUCGUAUACCUAUAUCCUGAGUGUGUGAGUUGAGGCAUAACUAUAAGGAUGACAGAGCCAGCUUUGGAAAUCCCUGCACCUGAUGCACAAGAAGUUGUACCUGUACCUGAGACUUCCACACAUCCGAAGCAAGUGUCGGCAAAAGAUGGCAAGCGCAGACGUUUUGUUGGAGCUAGUCAGAGUCGAACAGACGGGGGAAAAGAGAUUGCUAAGAGAGGUGGUGCGAGAAAAUACACAUCACAAAUACCCGAGGAAAUAUUGAACAAUGCCGACUUGAAUGCAGCAAUUAAUGUUCUGCCAAGCAACUACAACUUCGAGCUUCAUAAAACAAUCUGGAGAAUCAAGCAGUCUAACUCGAAGAAAGUUGCGUUACAGUUUCCGGAAGGCCUUCUCAUGUUUGCUUGCACGAUUGCGGACAUCAUUGAAGAGUUCAGUGGAGCAGAGACUAUCAUCAUGGGCGAUGUCACGUACGGUGCUUGUUGUGUGGAUGACUAUACUGCCAGAGCCCUGGAGGCAGACCUGCUAGUACACUAUGGACACAGCUGCCUUGUUCCCAUUGAUACCACCUCCAUCAAAAUGCUUUACGUAUUUGUGGACAUAAAAAUCGACAACCAGCACCUACUGGCUACUCUGAGACGCAACUUUACGUCUGGUGCAACUAUUGGGAUCGUCAGUACCAUUCAAUUUGUGGCAGCUUUGCAGAGCGUCCAACAGUUCCUGCUUGGAGAGUACAAUGUGAUAAUUCCUCGAUCGAAGCCGCUUUCUCCCGGGGAAAUUCUCGGCUGCACCUCUCCGAAACUACCCUCUGAAGCACAAGCAUUGGUGUAUAUUGGAGACGGACGAUUUCACUUAGAGUCUAUUAUGAUUGCCAAUCCUACUGUGAAGGCGUACCGCUACGAUCCGUACUCCAAGAAGUUCACUCAUGAGCAAUACAACCAUGCCAGGAUGAGGAGCACACGAAAAGAGGCCAUUGCUAAAGCAGCUUCGGCUAAAUGCUACGGACUGAUCCUAGGAACACUUGGGAGACAAGGGAGCCCCAAGAUACUCGAUUUCCUAAAAGAGAAAAUGAAAGUUGCUGGGAUUGAGCAUAUUGUAGUGAUGCUGUCUGAAAUAUUUCCUAAGAAGUUGACACUUUUUCGCAAUGUGGAUGCCUGGAUACAAGUUGCGUGUCCUCGAUUGUCGAUUGACUGGGGGACAGCAUUUGAACAGCCUCUGCUGACUCCUUAUGAGGCUGCUGUAGCCCUCAAUUUAGCUACAUGGGAUGUGCAAGAUUACCCUAUGGACUAUUAUGCGAGAGACAGUUUAGGGCCUUGGACUGUGAAUAAUGUAAUGCAUAAACAAUGACAUUGACUGUUGAUUGUGAUACUUGUAGAUGUGCUACUAAUGAUUUUCAUAGACUAGA